AUGAAAAGGAAGAAUGGUAAGUCCACUUUUGGUGACCUCAAAGUGGACAUGAAUACCAUAAGGGCGAAUGCAAGAAGGAUGGAAGAGGAGAUUGUGAAUGAGGGAGUUCCUCCCCAAGGUCCUAAAGGUGACCAAGUUCCUCAAGGAAAUCAAGUUCUGGUUGAUCCUCCAGCCAUGUCUAAUGAAGAAGUUAGGUUGAGGGAUUUUGUGAGGAUGAAUCCUCCGGUAUUUCUUGGUUCCAAGGUAGGAGAGGAUCCCCAAGAGUUUGUGGAUGAGAUGUAUAAGGUUUUACCCCGUGAGAAGAGGGAAGCUACAGUGAAGGAUUUUAUCAACCUUAGGCAAGGUAGCAUGAGUGUGCAAGAGUAUUCCUUGAAAUUUACCCUAUUGACUAUGUAUGCUCCAUCUUUGGUGUCUAACUCUAGGGAUGAGAUGAGUAGAUAUGUGAAGGGUGUGUCCAACCUAGUUGAGGAAGAGUGUCAUACAACAAUGCUCCAUGAUGACAUGAAUAUCUCUAGUUUUAUGGUGUUUGCUCAACAAAUUGAGGAGUUCAAAAUUAAGAAAAAAAAUAGGGAGAUGAAAAGGACUAGGUCGGAUGAACAAGGUCAACCAAGGUUCAAAAAGAGGGCUUUUAACCAAGAUUCUUCAAGCACUUCUAGGGUUAACCAAGAGAAAGGUAAUGGGUCUCCAUUUCCUAAAUCCACUUGCACCACUUGUGGAAAGAAGCAUUAUGGGAAGUGCCUAGCCUAUACUAAUGGGUGUUAUGGUUGUGGAAAAAGUGAUCAUCAAGUGAGAAAUUGCCCAACACUCACGGCCAAAGGAAGAGAGGUCAAACAAGCUUCUCUUGAUGGUACGGUUCCUAUUCCUCUAAAUUAUGGUUGUUUCUAUGCACUUCCAUCUAAAGAGGACAAAUGA